UCUUAUCCUUCACCUACGGCGCAUUUUAGCAAAAAGAUGGCGCGGCAUCCGGUAACCGAAGCCAACGAGGAGAGCCCCUUCGGAACCUUAACCCCGUACGAGUUCUAUGCCCAUCAUUCAGUGAGUCACUCGUCCGAGUUCAUCACCAACGCUCGCGGCCUCAAGCUUUUCACUCAGUGGUGGGCUCCACUGGAUACUCCCGCCCUCGGCAUCGUCGCCGUUGUCCACGGAUUCACCGGCGAGUCUAGCUGGUUCCUCCAACUCACCUCCGUAUUUUUCGCCAAAUCGGGAUUUGCCACGUGUGCGAUCGAUCACCAGGGCCAUGGAUUCUCCGAAGGCCUUGACGGACUCGAUGCUCACAUUCCGAACAUCGAUGGCGUUGUGGACGAUUGUAUUCAGUUCUUUGACUCCUUCCGUGCUCGCUACGCGCCAGAUUUGCCUGCGUUUUUGUACUCAGAAUCUCUCGGCGGAGCCAUCGCGCUCUAUAUAUCUCUCCGACAAAAAGGCGCUUGGGAUGGAUUGAUUCUCAACGGCGCAAUGUGCGGGAUAAGUGCUAAAUUCAAGCCACCAUGGCCGUUGGAGCAUUUUCUAUUCAUAGUGGCCAAACUUAUCCCUACCUGGAAAGUAAUUCCGACGCGCGGGUCUAUACCGGAUGUUUCGUUUAAGGAACAAUGGAAGAGGAAGUUAGCGAUAGCCAGUCCUAGAAGAACAGUAGCUCGGCCACGCGCCGCCACGGCUUACGAGCUGGUUCGAAUCUGCAAUGACUUGCAAGGGAGGUUUGAGGAAGUGGAUGUUCCACUGCUUAUCGUGCACGGCGGCGAUGACGUAGUGUGCGAUCCAGCUUGCGUGGAGGAACUUUAUCAACGCGCCUGCAGCGCUGACAAGACAUUGAAGAUCCAUCCUGGGAUGUGGCAUCAACUUGUUGGGGAGCCGGAGGAAAGCGUCGAGUUGGUGUUUGGGGAAAUGCUUGACUGGCUUAAAAGUAGAGCUUCACGCGCCCCCGAAGUAAAGGGUGCGGGUGGUGUUGGUAAUACUAGUGGAUAGAUGGGUAUUGUGUGUUUUAUGCUAGCUGAUAAUAAUAUUUUUUAUUAUCAAAUCAAACUAAUUUAGCUGCUAAAUUGUCGACUGCUGCCAAUUGAUUCCAAUGCUUGUGGGAUUUUUCACAUACAAGAUUGCAACUUUCUUGGUAUAUGUAUCAUUGUUCUUGGGAAAAUUAUAUGGAGAUUUCCAUUAUGCUUUGUAUAA